AGCACCCUAACGACAACAUCACCAUCACCAUCAUUCCCGGAAAAAAAUCGUCACACUGACGACUAUUACUGCCCAGCAGUCGUUGCCCGCGUGGCAGAGUCAACCCACCUGGUACCCCAACAGGACAACAGUGGAGCACAGAGUUCGGGGUAUGGAGGAAGGUGAUCGUGACCGGCAACCGUCUGCGCGACAAACCGGCGACCAUCCGUACAGUGGUCAGUCCUACAACCCGAUAACCUACCAACACGACUACGCACAGGACUCGCAGGCCCGACAACAGCAAUACCCCCCAUACGGUAGCAAUAUGGAGUACGGCUUGCCACAGUCGUCUGGCCAGACCUACGCCCCCAUGCAGUCGUAUCCGCCCCGUCAGAACGCUGCAAUUGAGGUUCUCUCGAGUCAAUUCUCUGGUGGAGCUCAGUACUACGUUUCAGCCGAUUCGCCCACUCCGGUGGGACCCACUUCCACCCCACAUCACCAGCAGCAGCACCAGCAACACCAGCAGCAAUCUUCUGGUCAGUUUUCCAGUCCGUCCUACGGGCAGUACAGCCCCGCCGCGGCGCGCCUACCCCAUCCAUACACCUCCAGCAUCCCCGAUCUCAAUCCGCCUGCUCCAGUAGCGGCAUCCGAGCCGGCGGAGGACCCCGAGUACGCGACCCAACACCAAGCUGCGGCCCUAGACGAGGCGUACGCCCAGUACCAAGGCGCCCUCAAGAGGACAUUCCAGAACAUGCGCGAAGGUCGACUUGGGGAAGCCGGAGCGUCUCUCCUCACGAUAUCCGACUGGUUGUUGUCGAAUGCUGUGGAACUAGGGUUAGUGCGCGAUGAACAGGAGUUACACGGAGACCGCACAAGACUGUGGAACGAGUUCAAUACAUGCUGGCUGUCGGUCCUGCACAAGGAGAAGGAAAUGCUCCAGGAAUACGUCUCUACCGGACAGGCACCGCAAGCACCCAGGGAAUUGUUGAGGGAAGAUUUCCUGGAGAGAAUGGGCCGGGAGUUGGUUCGGCUUUGCGACAACAUGGAAGGUCAUGGGUUGGUGGAUUACCAGAUGGGUGUCUGGGAAGAAGAGAUAAUCGACGCCAUAUCGGAAUGCUUGGAUCUGCUGGAGGGGACUGCGGCAGGGGCGCAAAAUGAUGGUGGAGCACCAGCACCUGUGCCCAACGGCCGGGGACAUCCCACCCGCUAGCGCGCGAGGCCUACCUACCUACAUCCUACCUACCUAC